GCCAAAGCAGAUGAGAUGAACGGAAUGGAAACCGGCUCGUGGAAGCUUGUGGAAGCUUGCGAUCUUGUGGAAGAGUUUUGUUUCGGAGGUAGAGGAUCUCGAGUCGGUUUGCAUCUUCACGUCCACUGCAAGUACAGUCGACGACGCACUCUUCUUGGUGACCGGACGAAGACAAAUUCUUCUCCCUUCAUUCGAAAUUCCCCUUUUCCCUUCUCUGGGCCGAUCGUGCAGUUGUUAAUUAAAAGUGGUCUUUUCACGUUCGGGAUUCGACUGCACAAAAGCAACCGGGAAACGAUAACAAUGGCAGGCUACUACUCUAGUCAACGAGGAUAUGGUGGCUCUUAUGGCCCUUCGUCGUCGUCGUCAUCCUACACAUCGUCACUGCGUAGCAACUACAUGCCGGCGUCGUAUUGGAGCGAUUAUCAUCCGUCUGCAUAUUCGUUCUAUCCGCGCGCGUCGAUCUAUUCGGUGUCGACUCCUCGGCAUCACCAUCCCGCUAAGGUGUACUUCCACCAUCUACCAGGAAUAGGCAAGGCGCAGACGUAUCACGGAUCCAUCCCGAGGAUCGCUCAUCAACGUCUGACACCCUCGGCUCCACCGUCCUUGUUCUCGGUGCCGAUAUCGGCCCAUCGUAUGAGCGCUCUCUAUUCGGACGCUGUAGAACCCAUCCUGAUUCAAGUAGUGCCUAAAUACAAUCCUGCUUCCUAUUUGGAGGACACUUUUGCUACAUCGAUGCAAGAUAUCCAAGAUGAUAUGCGCAAUUGGCGUUAUGCAGCCUCGUCCGUCCUCAAUCGCUACACGCCCGUUAAUAAUUACCACAUGGAACCGUCUCAGUUGGCUGGCCGCAAUUCGGCUCGCUACAUGAGUGGCAGUAGCGACUACGAGAGGGCCAGUUCCAGCUCGUACUUUAGGCCGUCAUCGUUGAGAUCACGCGAGUCAUCCAUGUAUGAAUCACCUUCCUAUGAUUCGCGUCACUCCAUGUACUUGUCGAGCCGUUCCAGCAGGGACUCCGAUACCUACAGGGGAACCAUUGGCAAAGGUCAUUUGGCAUGCAUUUCCUAUGCAGGACAUUACCCGCAGUCGAAACGCAGCACUCCAUUGUACUCGGAGGACGACAGCAAAAUCAAAUGCGGAAUCUCUUUCCUGUCUCACUACAUCCGCAGUUCUCGACGGGCCCACAGUUCCGGACCAGUUGUGUACACGACCAGGGAUCAGCGAAUGGCACGAAGGGUUUCGGCGCGGAACCGCAUCAACGAGAAAAGGGAUCCCGAACGCAUCGUGGAUCGUGUGAACAAGAAGGUGGCCCAGGCCAACGAAGAGAUUGCUCGAAUUGCCGCCGAGGAGCGCAAGGCCCAGAUGAUCACCAAAUAUGACGACGAGCCGGAAGAUGAGGAUCCAUGGGCUUUGCCAGUUGAAACGGAAUCGUCGACUGUUGCUUUUGCGGAUGAGACGCAACCGGAAGACAACUAUUCGGCGGAAGUUGAGCCGGAACCGGAGCCCGAGCCGGAACCCGAAGAAGAGGUGAAAGAAGUCAAAAAGAAGAAGAAGAAGUCAAAGGUUAAGGAACCGACUCCUGAGCCGGAGCCGGAACCUGAACCGGAACCUGAACUUGACCCCGAGCCUGUUGUCGAAGAGGAAGAAAGUGCUCCGGUGGAAGAAGCACAACCGGAACCCGAACCCGAACCCGAACCCGAGCCGGAAGUGGUCGAAGAAGUUGAAAUGCCUGUGCCGGAACCUGAACCCGUGGUUGCCGAACCCGCCGCGGCUGAAGAACCCGAGCCAGAAGCCGCUCCUGCCGAGUCGGAAGUCGUAGCCGAAGAAACUGCCGUCGCCCCCGAACAAGUUGCAGUCCUCACAGACGACAUCUGGGAAGGCGAAGAAGACUUCAUCUUUAAUCGGCGGAAGAAUGCACAAGUCGAGGAGGAGGAGGUGGUGCAACAACAACCAGCUGAAGUGGCUGAAGAAGAACACGCACAAGAAGAAGAAGCCAUGGCGACAGAAGAUGUCGCACCAGAAGAUGUCGCACCAGAAGAAAUGGCGACAGAUGUUGAACCGCAGGAAUCGAUCGAACCUGUGGCGGAAUUCACUUGGGGCGAAGAAGAGGAAUCCUUCCGGAGGAAACCUACGGCCACAGUUGACGAAGAACAACCGGCGCAAGAAGAAGAAGAAGCUCCGCUUGUGGUAAAUGAAGAAGAGGAAGAAACAAGCCUUAGCGUUGCUCAACCUCAAGAAGAAGAAGAAGAAGAGGAAGAAGAAGAAGAAGAAGAAGAAGAGUGAAUGAAAUCGAAAUCAUUUUUAGGGCAUUUCAAAAGGAAAAGAUAAAAAAAACAGAAAAUCGAUCUAGUAGUUUACGAACGUUCAGCGGCUUGCAUUUGUUGAAUACGUUUUAACCUAACCUUCCUUCAAAAGAAAACGCCACGUGUGUUUUUCCUUGUUUCUCGAGAGUUGUGUUUUGAUUGGCGAGUUUCAUCCAGUGGCGCCUAGACGGCCGAGUAUCUUAUUUUGUUUUUUUGGCAAGCAACCCCCCAUAUAUAUCUACAGCACAUUGCACGCAAACCAUCACAUUAUACCGUCUCUUAUUGCAUUUUUCUUUUCUUUUUUAUCAUUUCCCCUCUUUUGGCCACUCUUUUGUUUUCUUUUUCUCGUCGCUUCAAAAGUCGUCGUUUUUUUUUUAUUGUCUUCUAUCUGCCAUCUUGAAUUCUUCCAGCCCACACACACACACACACAUACACACACACAGAAUAUUUACCGUCUUCCCGUUCUCUAAACGUUUAUGUUUUGUUUGGAUUUAUCCGGACGAUGUGCGAAACGCCAGCCCUUCCAAACUAUUUGCACAAAAGGAGAACAAAGAGAGAGAGAGGAGAGAGAGAUGGAGAUUAGAUAAUGCACGACCUAGUGUACUAUAUAUGCGAGUGAGGGACACACCAGACACGGACAUUUUUAGAGAAUCGAGGACAAUAGACGUAGAGAGGGAAAGCUGAUAUAUAUAUACUGUAUAUCUGAUUCGUACCUUUUAUGUGAUUCCCGACGAGCUGACUGUAGUCGAAAUCAAAUGGCAAAGCGAAUAAAAGAAAGGGAGGAGGCAACGUUUGAUGGCUCCUGCAUUUCUCCACUAUUUACAACACAGCGAAAAAAGGAAAGGAAAAAGAGCGAGCGAGAUGACUAUUAAUCAAAAUGGACUCGCCAGACGAUAUACUACCAGAGACUAGUAAGAGUGUCGGCAGAACGGUUUUAUAUCCUUCAAAAGAAAAGAAAAACAGCAGGCGGAAUGCCAAAGACGUCAUCGUACGUUUCUUUUCUUUUUGUUGGUUCCCUUUAUUAGACCCGAACGAGCCAGCAGUCCCUGAUAUUAUUAUAUUUGUUGGGGGAAAAAAAAAAUUAUGCGGGACUUUUAUUUUAAGUGUCUGCUGUGCGUUUGACGGAGCAGAAAAAGAGAAAAACCAAAUUUUUUUUGUUUUGUUUUGUGCAGGGCCAUUUAACAAUCAAUAAUAAAAAAAAUAAAAGAAAGGGCGUUUUGUUUGUUAGGGGGUUCUCUUUUUGACGCCUAUCUCUUAAGGGGAUGCUAAUAAAGCUCCACGCAACACGUCACUUUAGUGGCUCGUGUCCCGACGUCCCCCCCACCCCAACAAAUUCGUCUCCCCGUGCAAUAACACCAAGCAUUUCCAAAAAAAAUAUUUCUACAUUUCCUACCCAAUUCAAUCCUACUGAGAGCGUGAUUCUCUCUCUCUCUCCUUUUUUUGUUGAACAUAUACAGACAUCAUGGUAUGUUUGUGCUGCUGGAAUCGACCACUUCAAUCCUAUCAAAUGGUCCCCUGUUUAUCGAUCAGCGUCAGCAAAGACGCGGAGGGGGGGCUUGGAGGCCAAAGGGGAUCCUGAACGGAAGUUAGACUACAAGAAAAUUGUUUUCAGUCUACGUCUCAUUCGCUGCCGAUUGAAACGGAAUCUCCAAUCCUUUUUUUUUUGUAUGAUAUUUUAAGAUACUCCCGAUCGUCCAUCUUGCGUGUGCUAUAGGCAGUGCUCCGUUAUUAAGCCUCGCGGCUCUUCUAUAAGAUACCCCGCAGGACUCGGUAUGCUCGUGUCUGCUGGCUAUAAAUGUUUCACAUGCAAAAAGCAGCAAAAAAGAUGGUAUAACACUAUAACUUAAAAUAGACGGCUUUUAACUCCCCCCCCCACCUUCCAAAUGUCUUUUGUCCGUACACCGGGGCAGUUGUUUCAUUCAAUAAGAACGGGCCAUUGUUAAAGAGUUUCCACGACACAACUGGUGUGUGCCGUGUCCAAGGAAAUCUUUGUCAAGCGAGGCGUUGCUCCGUUUCGGAGAACUUUUACAUUCAGCGAUGGCGUCUUUCACUUCUCAAUAUCUAUACACACUCGCAACAACAUAAAGAAGGGAUUCUUUAUUUGUUUUUUUUCCUACUCGUUUGUUUUUCUUUCCUCCCGUCCCCAGCAACGCUGCGUCAAAUAAGAAAAAAGGAAGAAGAAGAAGAAGAAGAAGAAGGAAAAAAUAGAUUAUUGGAUUCCCAUUUCAAUCGAUUUUAGCAAUCCACUUUUAGUUUUUUUUUUAAUCUUCGUGUGUCCAUUACUCACGACUUAGCAACGGUCUGCUUUUGUUUCCUACACUGGCGGAGGAGACACUAGUGUCGCCAUUGUUGUUCAAAUCGAGUCCGGCCUUUAGAAGUUUGCGUCAUAUAUAUAUAUAUAUAAUAUCUACGACUCCUCCCCCAUAUCCAGACGAAGAAGGAAAAGAA